ACGUCGCGACUAAACGUGGAUGUCUGUGGUGUCGCAGCCCAUCACACACUCACAAAUACCACGUUAGUGCGAAACUAGACUUAUCUCCUCACACGUCCUGGUUCCUCCGGCUCUGAUAUCGUGUGCGGACACUUCUUUAACCUUCGUCUACAUCUUUCGGUGGAGGGAGACAUUUCAAAUGCGGAGUUUCCUACGUCACAGCAGGAAACAGAUUGAAAAUGAAAACUCUCAUCAGCGGAGGAUCCGCCAACUUCCUGCUGAACGCGUCUCUGCUGUUUAAGGAAACGUGUCCGGAGCUCUCACGGUUCUACCUGCAGGGGUAUGCGAAAGCAAAUACUAAGGCAUCAGCGCUGAAGAAAUCCACCUGCCCGAUGCAGAGCACCACGGUGUGUUCGCACUGUUAUCAGUGGCUGCAGCCCGACAAUCACCGGGUCCGGCUGCGGCCGAAGCAGCGUCCUCCAGCCCGGGUGUGGAGCAUCCUGCGCAGACACGCCAAGGGGAAACGUCUCAGCAUGGCACAGAAACAUCUUCUGCAGCGCUUCAAAACGUCCUCCUCAGUUCUGGUCAGACAUGAGUCUAAUCGGCAACAUCAACCUUGCAACAAGAUGGCCACCUGCAACACCUGUAAUCAGACAUCCAGACAUAGAGGAAUGAACCGGGACUUCAUAGCCACCAUCGCUAGGACCCACAGCACCCCGGGGAGCGCCAGCAAACCCCGGACUCCACAGUCCACCAGCAGGUCCAACAUGAGUACCCCGAAAACUGCUAGCAAAGACAAGACACCUGCUCACACACCCAGGUCGUCCACCUCCUCUAACACUUCAGGGUCGGGCUCAUCUGCGUCCAAGACUCCCUCAAAAUCCAAAAACUGGGUCGUCCAGCGUCUCAGCAAGAUUCUCAUGCGCGAGGACAGCAAGAGCAGCAAGAAGGGCGGCUUGAAAGAUUUUCUGUCCUCACUUUGAGUACCUCUUAUCUACUUAAAAAACAAACAAGUGCUUGGACCUGUUUUGUAACUGAGGGAGAACUAAAGAGAAUAACUUUGGUUUCCGAGCCUGUGUGGGAAAAGUCCCAGUUUGCCCACCGCCUCACAACUAUUAAUGGUCUGUGUGGAAUGGCGCUUGCGGAAUCACGUGAAUGCAGAAAGUGGCAGCACGGGGGGGAGGGGGGGCUGGUUAUUUCAACUGUAAAUCAGCGUUAUCUUAUCCUCCUAUUAGAGGAGCGUGCUUCUUUUGUCUAAUUUAGCACACGCCUCUUAUGAUCCCCUUGGAAUAUUUCUUUAAGCGGAAGGUCUGUAGAAUUCUUUCAGGAAUUUAUCAGAAGGGUGACACAUCACAGGAAACAUUUAUUUGCUCUGUGGUGGCCUUUGGCAUGUUGAGCUGGUUUACAUGCCAAUAUCCUGCUCCAUUUUCGAUUUUCUUUUCUAAAGUCACAAUUAUACCUUUAUGUAACCAAAUAAGUAUUUGGUGUUCAUACUACUUGAUGUGAAAACUUUUCUAUUUGAAUGUAUUUACUUGCUUUAUUUUGACUCUUAAGUAAGACCCUGGGUCUGUAUUUUGAUGCCGCUGGCUUAACAUGACCGAUUUCACCGAUAUUCUGUAAUAAUGUUGUUAAUGCUGUUGCAUUUUUUUUAAAUAAAAUAUAUUUAGAAUGUGAAAGUCACCAGUGAAGAUAUUUGUAAUCAUUAUUAAAAAUGGGACUCACCAGUUGUUGUUUACAUUAUUUAGGCCCAUCUGCCUGAGCCUGUACACACAAGACUUAUUGACUUUUCGUCAUUCACUUUUCUUUAUAUAUUUGCUUUGAGUAUGUAUUUGUCUUUUUUUAAGAGCAAAAAAAUGUAAUAUCUACUGCAUUUUGUACUGCCUGAUUUCCUACCUGUUGUCAGUGGCUGUUCAGUGUACAGUGUGUUUAGGUCCUGAAAUACCUCACAUUUGUAUUCCACCUGCAUCCUGAUUUUCUCAAAUAAAAUCCUUUAAGUAUG